UUUUUCCCAGCUUUUAUUUUGAAGGGCAGACCGGAAACAUUAGGUGUGUACUUCCUGUCCCAGCUUUCUUUUCUUUCCGGUUUUUCUUAGUGAAUGAAAAGAAAUGGCAGAAACUGGGGACGAAAUCAAAGAUACUACAGCCAGGAAUCAAGAUGACGGACACACAGGAGCAAAACGCAGCAGGUUAGAGUCUUGUUUGGAUCAACCAGAAGAGUCUAGCAUCUAUGAGGUCAUCAAGUAUGGGCCUUCACCUCUCCCAGCAAAACAUUAUGAUCCAGACACGACGGAACCAACCAGCUGUGGUCUUCACACCAUGGAGGAGCUGUUGUCGUGGAGACGGAGUGAGGCCAGCCCCUUCAACGUGGCCUCUGUACCUCUAGCUCCUCGGGAGCCUUCUCUUGGCAGCUGUCUGCGCCGGACCCUGGUGUCCCACGACAUGAUGGGUGGUUAUCUGGAUGACAGGUUUAUCCAGGGCACAAAUGCAGAGACUCCAUAUGCAUUCUACCACUGGUGUUACAUCGACAUCUUCAACUACUUUACACACCAGCUGGUCAGCAUUCCUCCAGCCGUGUGGACAAACGCUGCUCAUAAACAUGGAGUCAUUGUCCUCGGAACUUUUAUCACGGAGUGGACCGAUGGUGCCACCAAGUGUGAGGCCUUCCUGAAAACUGAGGAGUCAUACCGGUCGGUGGCGGAUAAACUGGUCCAGAUCAGCCAGUGUUAUGGCUUUGAUGGCUGGCUCAUCAACAUAGAGAACCCCCUCAGUGAAGCUGCGGUGAAGAACACCCCAUUGUUCCUCCAGUACCUGACAGAGCAGAUGCACGAGCGCGUGCCCAGCAGCGUGGUCCUGUGGUACGACAGCGUGAUCCAGAGCGGAGAGCUUAAAUGGCAGAAUGAGCUGAACCAAUCCAACAGGAUGUUCUUCGAUUCUUGUGACGGCUUCUUUACUAACUACAACUGGACGGAGCAGAGCCUGGAGUCCAUGAAGGAAUACAGCGGCGUCCAGGGCCGGCAGGCUGACGUCUAUGUUGGGGUGGACGUGUUCGCCCGAGGGGAGGUGGUGGGAGGGAUGCUGGACACAAACAAGGCUCUGGAUCUCAUUCGGAAGCACAACUUCUCCACAGCCAUCUUUGCUCCUGGCUGGGUGUACGAGUCGCUCGAAGAUAAGACGGAGUUCCGCCAGAAGCAGGACAAGUUCUGGGCUCUUCUGUUAGAAAACCUUUACGUCCACCGGCCAGCGUCUCCUCUGCCCUUCGCCUCCUCCUUCUGCCAGGGCUUUGGCAAGGCCCUCUACUGGAGAGGACAGAAAGAGAAGACUAGCAGCUGGUUCAACCUGUCGGCGCAGGACCUCCAGCCGCUCUACUCCCAGAUGGAUCUGGAGGGAGGGGGGUGGCUGAGGAGCAGCGGCUGCCCGGAGGAGGCCUGGAGCGGAGGCUGCUCGCUGCUGCUGGACGGACUCAUGCCUGCAGACCUCAGCGCUCCGGCGUGCGCCAGGAUCUUCUCGCUCCAUGUGCCGCUGGACUCCAGGAUCCUGGUGGCUCUGAUCUACAAGGCGUCUCCUGGGAUCUCCGUCUCUCUGCAGCUGAACACCACAGACGUCCAUCAUUUCUCCCAAAGCGGCCCGCAGGACGUUAAGACCAUCAGUCUGACUCCUGAAGCUCUGGACAAUGGACACCAAUUAAUGAAGCACUUCCCUCAUGCGUCUGGAAACCUGAACACGCACGGUUGGACCGUCAGAUGCUCAGAGUUGGAGCUUCACGGCUCCAUCCUCAGAGAAGUCUGUGUGCUCAUCCAGCGGCAUGGCGAGCCCAGAGAUGUGCUCUUCAGCUGCAGGCUGGGCAAGAUCAUGGUAGUGGACGUUGCGAGUCUGGAGGCGCCCCCUCCAGCGGUGCAGGGGGUGUGCGUUGAAGACCUCGUUUGGCUGCGUGGGUCCGGUACCUCCCCACAGCAGUCUUCGCUCCUGAACGCCACUCUGCGCUGGGAGUACUCCUCUGAGCUCGUGCACCAUUUCAAAGUCCACUGGCGCCGGCUCAGAGGACCGGAUCCCCGCGUCCCUCCGGGCCAACUGGAGCUGGUGGGCAGGGCGCACGCAAAUCUGUUCAGGGUGACGGAGCUGGCUGUGCCAGAGCCGCCCAGCCUGCUGGAGCUGGUGGUGGAACCGGUCCUCCUGAUGGACGUCCCCGUCCCCGAGGAGCUCUGGGGCAGGAGACAGCUCAGCUACACGGAGGCGGUUGCACAAUGAUGAGGGGGUCAUGCAGACUUGAAGGAGAACUCAACAAUGAAAUAUCCUGGUGUGUUUAUGUGAUCCACCAGAGGAUUUUUGUUUAAUGGGCUUUAAAAAGUCUCAAUGAGAAAAUAAAAAUGAACUGCAGGUUGUGGUCAUCAGAACAGUCUGGGACACAAACUUUGAACCAAAGAGUUCUGCUUUCAUUACUUGUUGUUUUGCAUUCAAAAGCCUAAAGCUGAAUCUGUAGGGUUAAAUCAGCUUGAAGUCAAUGAAAAACAAAGAUUGUAAAUUUGAAAAAAAAAAUGAAAGCAGUUUUAAACUUGAAAAUAAAUAUUUAAACUUAAAGGAAUUAUUGAAAAUUUGAAGAAAAAAAAAAGGACAUUUCAAAGUUGGAACAACCAGAAUAAAAAAUGAGAGAAAAGUGUAGAAAUGUGUAGUGAGGAAAUGUGUAGUGUCCCCUCUGUCAUCCAAUGGGAAACAUGUCCCGGUAGCCAAUGAGCUCAAAGCCCCGCCCCCAUCUAAAAUAAUGAUCAGCUCGGCAGCGAAAACUUCAAAAGCUGUUUUGAAGUUCAAAAUUCAAAACAGCACCUAAUGAAUACAUUAUAUUUAAAUUGUUGUGUCAAAGGUUGCAGACCCCUGACCUAGAGGGAACAAGAAAAGCACUUUAUAUAGUAUUAAUAUUCCAAGAAAAAGGCUCACAAUAAACUGGAAAUAUAUUAAAGCACCAUCAAAAAAAGGAAAAAAUAAGUUAAUGUAAUGGAAAAACUCCCUACAUAUGGAAGUAGAUGUUUUUAACCAGAGAUGGAGUACAAGAAUAUUUACAUUUUUAAGUUUGAGGAUGUUCAUUAAAAUUAAUAUCUCAAUACAAAGAUAUAUGUAUAUGACUGUAGACACAAACCUAAAUUUGACAAGUACAAAUGAAUGGAAGAUGGAAGCUCAAGUAACAUCUUUUUUCCUGUUUUUAUUUCCAGCCUUUGUCCUUUUCUGUUUACCGUUAAAUAUAUGUCUGAAUCCAUGCCGUGUUUGGUUAUGGGAUGUUGUGACAUCCUCUUGUUUGUUAAGUAGCUUUUAUGUUUUUGUUUCUACCAUUAAACACUUUUUGUAUAAACA